UCAAACCUCAGAACAUAUUCGGAACGGUGUUCUUUUUACAAACUAUUCAGUUAAUUAAUUAUUUGUUUUCUGUGUGUUUUGUUUAUGGUUGUGGAAUGUCGUUUGAAAUUGGAAUGCACAUAAUGUAAAGGAACCAAGAUGGCGGCGUCCGGUGAGGUGUACGAGGACGGAGGAGUCAAGUUGCAUCCGUACCUCAUCGCUUUAGCACGUUGGUGCGUGUCCUGCCUUUGGAGCACGGCCUCCGCCAUGCUGUACCGUCUGUUGACCAACCCACUACCGCAGAUCACAGCUCCAAAGUACUCCAAACCGCGGCCAGCAGGCAAAGAACACCUACACCCGGAGCCUAAAGUGGAAUGUGUGGUUCUCCACCAACCAGAGACACCCAAGGUUGACGUCAUCUUCGUACAUGGACUAUAUGGUUCCCUGGGCAACACCUGGAGACAAGGAGAAUGGAGGUCCAAAUACAAAAUAGAACCCAACAAAAUAUCCCUAAGACGACCCAGCUCCAUCCCAGCCUGCGAUUGCAACAAAGCAAAUGUAUUCAAUGAAGAUGCCAACAAAAUUGAAAGUAUUAAGAACAGUAUCAAAGUAGAAAACGAAAAUAUACUCAAUUUUAACGAUAAAGAAAUAACGUUUACAAAGAUAGAUGAAUAUUAUAAGAGGAUAACGGAUGAUGAAAUGUUCAUUACUGAGAAGUUUUAUAAAGAAGAUCAGUGUGAAGUUGUUGACAAUUAUGAUACACAAGCGAAGUUUGUUAGGGAUUUGUUUAAUAUGGAGAAUUUGAAAGUGGAGAAGAAGGAGAAUGAUAAUUGUAGAUGUCGGGCCGAGGAGAAACGGUGUGAGGUGGGGUGUGGCUGCAUAUGCGACGAGUGCUACUCCGCGUGCUGGCCUCGGGAUUGGAUCAAGGAGGACUACCCCCACGCCAGGGUCAUAUCCAUCAACUACACCAGUGACCCUCAUCUGUGGAGACCUCUGUGGAUCAAGCAGUGCAAGAGACUGCACCUGCACGAGCGAGCAGAACAGAUGAUCGCACAGCUGCUGGCUCUGGGGGUGGGGCAGCGGCCCAUCGUGUGGGUGGGCCACUCCAAGGGGGGGUUGUUCAUCAAGCAGAUAUAUUGUGAAGCUUACGAAGCCUAUAUCGAAUUACAUGGGAAUCCAAGUGGAGAAAUUAAUGAUAAUGUGGACAUAAAACAAAACUGCGACGAAUACGAUAAAGACAAUGAAAUGAAUCACAAAACUGACAGCAAUAUUGACAAUAAUGAUAUGAUCAUUAAAGAUAAGGGUAAGGAUGAAAUGGGUGUAAAAGAAAGACAUGAUGAUGAAAUGGGUGUAAAAGAAAGACUUGAUGAUGAUACGGGUAAAACAGAUCAUGAACAAGUUUAUGAAGAAAGCAUAGAGUCUAAUAGAAAUAAGGAUAAUGAUAAUUCCAGGAAUAUAAAUGAUAAGAAUAAUUUAGGAUUAAGAUAUGAUGAGGAUGAUAUUUAUGAUGAUAGCUCAGCUAGUGAAAGUACUUGUGAUUUGAGACAAGAAAUGGAUAGAAAUAAGAGGUCUUCAAACAGAAAAGAAGACCUGUCGAAGCGUGCUCAACUGUGGUCCCUAAGCUCUGGUUUCAUGUUUUACUCGGUGCCACAUCGCGGCUCGCCCCUCGCUGACAUCAAGACACCCCUGACGGCGCGCUCUAUCGAGUUACUAGAGAUGGGACAAGACUGCUCGCUGGUGACGGCGCUACACUCGCGCUGGCUGCGCGCGGCGGCGGCGGCGCCCCCGCGCGUGCGCAGCCUCGUGGAGACGGCGCGCACGCUCAUGGCCGUGCUGUGGCUCCGGAUCGUCAGCGCCGACUCUGCUGAUGCCGGUAUAGGCGCGUUAUGCGGCGUUUCCGUGGACCACCGCGAAAUCUGCAAACCCUCCAGCCGACACUGCAUUCUCUACACGGAACUCAAAGCGCUCAUACACGCCGCUUUAGAAAAUUGCGGGAAGUAACGCCAUCUAGCGGGGAAUAGCUGAACUACCCGUCUACAUUUCCAUGCGUUAUAUGUUCAUGACAAACCACCAAGAAAUCUGCAAGCCCUCGAGCUGACACUGCAUUUUAUAAACGGAGGUCAAAGCGCUCAUACACGCCGCUUUAGAAAAGUGCGGGAAGUAACGCCAUCUAGCGGGCAAUAGCUGAACUACCCGUCUACAUUUCCAUGCAUUAUAUGUCCAUGACAAGUCACUGGGAAAUUUGCAAGCCCUCGAGCCGACAUUGCGUUCUCUACACGGAACUCAAAGCGCUCAUACACGCCGCUUUAGAAAAUUGCGGGAAGUAACGCCAUCUAGCGGGCAAUGGCUGAACUACCCGUCUAUAUUUCCAUGCGUUAUAUGUUCAUGACAAACCACCAAGAAAUCUGCAAGCCCUCAAGCCGACACUGCAUUCUCUACACGGAACUCAAAGCGCUCAUACACGCCGCUUUAGAAAAGAACGGGAAGUAACUCCAUCUAGCGGCGAAUAGCUGAACUACCCUUCUACAUUUCGGUGGUUGCAUGAUGUUUAUGUUGACUAUGCGAUGUAUGUCCAUAACAAAUCACUGAGAAAUCUGCAAGCCCUCAAGCCGACACUGCAUUAUCUACACGGAACUCAAAGCGCUCAUACACGCCGCUUUAGAAAAUUGCGGGAAGUAACGCCAUCUAGCGGGCAAUAGAAACGGCCAAAUACUAAUUGAACAGGCCAAAAAAAACCUUUAACUUAAAUUAUAGAAUAAAUGAACAUGUAAAGUUAUCCUGUAAGAAAAAAAGUGGAGUAAAACAAUGUUUUAAUUGCAAGUGCUAUUAGAGAAUAGUUGUAAAAAAAUGCCAUAAAAGUGCCACAAUGUGGCUGUGUUAAGCGUGAUAAGCGUGUAAAGUUAAGAAUCCUUUUAAAAAUUAGAAAAUAUGCUCUUUGGGUGUGUCUUAUGGUGGUAUUCCACUUGUCCAAUUUCUUUGACCAAUGUACAGUUUGAAUUGAAUUGAAAAUAGCCUUUAAUAACAACCUAAUGCAUUUUUUUUUGAUAUUUGAAAUACACCAACUGUACAGUCGCCAUUAUAUACAUCGGAGCGGCCAAGGUGCUCACAAAUAUCUGAGCACUCCUCUAUUGUCAGGGCGUUAGAGUGCGUGUUCAGAUAUUGUGAACACCUUGGCCGCUCCGAUAUAUCUGAUGGCGACUGUACGUUGCGUCUCUCAUUAAGCAAAAUGUGAGACGCAAAAUAUACAUUGGACCAAGAUAUUGGACAGAUCUAGAAUCACUUUCUAGUGACAGUGAAUUUUCAGUUAUCUUAACCUUUUGGACGCCAUUGACCGAUAUAUCCGCACCGCAGCUCCAACGCCAAAGACGGAUUAAUCGGUCACAGACGACAGAGCAACAUAGACCUGCAUAUGCAUAAAGUUCAAUUUCAGUUUUGACACUUCGGUGACGUGGCGUCCGAGUGACGGCUUUUGUGUUUGACACGGCGUCGAAAAGGUUAAUGCGUUAUAUAUCGUACCUGCGACAUUUAUCUUAUACCUUAAGAGCCUGCGCGCACUGCGAUUAAAAUUUUUGCGACACGAUUUUAAAAUCGCGCUGUAAUACCUAUUUUCUUGUCGCAUGUGCGCGCACCGACAUAUAAACACAUACGUUGCAUUAUUGCGACAAAAUUAUCGCACGACAAAAAAUCGCAGUGCGCGCUUGGCCUUAAACGAGCAAUUCUUGUAUAUUUAUUUAUUUAUAUAUUUCGGAGAUCUUGGAAACGUCUCUACUGAUUUCGAUAAAAUUUGCUAUAUGGUUUUCGGGGGCGAAAAAUCGAUCUAGCUAGGUCUUAUCUCUGGGAAAACGGUCAUUUUUGAGUUUUUAUAUGUUUUCUGAGCAAAGCUCGGUCUCACAUAUUAUUCCACUAUGUCUGAUACUCUCUGUAAUAUAGUUUUUUUUACGCAAUAUUAAAGGUGCGUUUACGCUAGUUUUCAAAGCCUAUAUGUAAACGCGCCCUUAUUGAAAUAUCAUUCCAUAGCAAGUAUGUCAUCAAAUAUCUCAAUGUUUAACCCGAUAUAGUCAGGCUAAGCUAACUCUGCAUCAUUUAAGCACAGAGUGUGGAAGUGUUAUAAUAAACGUCAAACUUCUAUGAAAUUAUGUCAGAUACAUGGCCUGUCCUUAUUAUACCAAAAAUAUAUUUUUGGAAAGCUUUUUGCAGUGCAUAAGGUAACGUACUAGUGCUCGACAUGCUAAUGCCCAAUAGAUGACACCUUGCAGUCACCUCUAUUGACAAUGACGGUUUCAAGAUGAAAUGUACUGGGACCGCGUCGAGCACUAGUACGUUUACCUUACUAUACUUGAAAUACUUUGGUAGAUAAUUUAAUACGUACUAUUAAAAUAUAAAAAUGUUGUAAACGAGAAUCGGUUAAAAUGCGACCGGAAGUCUCCGUUUUAGAUAUAUUUUUGCCAAUCUGAAAUGGAGACCUUCGCUAACGGUCGGUCAAAUAAUAAAUGUUUAUAGUUAUGGCAGUGAGGCAACACUUCUCCUUUCGGUCAUUCUCGGCUCAGCUCGGCUCAGCAUUGCUCUGAGCAAUUAUUAGGGUUGGCACCACUUGACUUUUUUUUGCGUGCACGACCACAGAUAACAUGACUUGAAUUUUGACAACCCUAAAUAGUCGAAAGGGCCAGAGCCAUACAUUAGAAAGGGACAGCAUGAUUCGACCCUGAACCGCUGUCAAACUUCGGUUUUGUAGGAAGUGUCCUUUCUGUACGGUAGUACCAUGGUACAUAUAAUGAUAUACUCCGCCUGGUACUCUCUUCCCGUCUUUUCGUGGUCACGUGACUGACACAAGCCUACGUCAGGCGUGGCUCACACCGCGAUUUCGUCGCUUUGCUACAGGUAGCUAAAAGUCCAUCCGUUCGGCCCCAAUUUUGGGGUUUGCCAUAAGCCGCGCGUGGCGCUGUCGCCACCUAGCGGCCAUAUCUGUGCUGACCGUAACAGACGCGUUUUGUUAGAGAGUGAGUCUUCUGUACCUAGUACUAUUAUUUAUUCUGUGCCUACGUCAUCAUGCGACAGCGCUAUACGAUAGUAUGCGAUAGCGCUAUAUAUAGCGGCCAUGUUAUUGUGACGCAGGCUUGUGUCACUCUGGGAAGAGAAGACCAUGUUUUAUUAGACUAUGGGUAGUACUAUUAUAUAUUGUGGUUUUGGCCAGCGGGGUACUUUACACUAGUUAAUAGUUAUUGCUACAAAUCAGUGAUAUUAAGAUAAUUUUAAUGUUAUAUUAUACUAAUGUUAUUGUACAGUUAGCCUCCAUUCGCACGACAGCUUUUUUAACGCGCGUUAAAAAAGCGUUUGAAUGACACAAAUGGAUAGCCAUGUAUGUAUAGGGAAUAUUAGGCAAAGCUCUGCGUAGGUGGCACCUUUGUGGCACAUACAGUAAACAAACCACAUGGACACAUCAUACGUCACGUCAAUCACAUGGCCUACCGCGAAACAAGAAAAUGGAAAUUCGUUCUCUAAUCUCUCUAUCAGUCUUGCGUAUUCGAGCGAUAAAGAGGCAGAUAACUAAAUUCCGAUUUUCGCGUUUACCGGUAGGCCCUUUUUAGCAAACCGCCUUGAUGCAUCAAUGUCAUAUUUUAUUGUCUGUGAAAACUUGCCAAAAAACAGUUUAAGGCACAGUGUGUAUAAGUUACUCUAUGAAUUUACUGAGUCGGUAGUGCUGCACUCUGGCGGCAGAACAUUGCAGUAAUAUCCCCUAAUUUAUCAAGCGUUGUUGGAUUUUCUACUUUAAGCCUUGGUCGUUAAGUCGAAUUUAGAGUGUGGACAGAUUCAAGCGCUUUUUUAACGCGCGUUGAAAAAGCUGUUUAGCGAAUGGGGGCUUAUGUUAUGAAAUAAAAAUACAUCGUUACCUGUAAAACUAGCUUUAUUAUUAAUAAAACAUCCUGCCAAAA